AUGGUCGAGAACAGCGAUGGUAUGCUACGGGUAUUCUGGCCAAGCACCCUUACUCGGACAACCACACCCGGUGUAAUAGUGGGAUGGAGGAAUUCAGAAUAUGAUUUGUUUGUCAUAACCGUCCUUGAAGAUGUUGAAGUUCGCAGCGUGGAAUCUGCUCUUCGCAUGGGUACUCUAUUCCGCAACAGUCCAUACCCAGUGGCCCGAAUCUUUCAGCUUUGCGACCAGCCUCAUAUGCAUGUCCUGGGCACGUUCAAUCACCCAGAUCCCCCCGAAAUAUUCAACCCUUCCAAGAUCUGCGCCUUCACCAUGUCAGGUUCUCGGAGACCUUCCAUCUACUGUCCGCCGGGCGCAGAUUUGACCGUACAGAUUGUCCUUUUCGACCCUCCAAAUCCCACUCAAAUGCAAUACAUGUCUCUCGAGCCAAUAUCGCUUGCCCUGGGAAGGGACCACUUGCCCGCCGGCGCGCCCGACUCCACACUGGAUGAAGUUGGGAUGCAGGGGGAGAAAGAGCGGCAGCGAGUCGCCGAUUUAGUGGCAAAACUGCGUUUUCAUACAGUGAUUAGACAUGCUCCCACGAAGAAGGAGUUGGCGUUGCCUGCGAUUCUUCGCCAGAUCAAUUGCGCCCAAGAGGUGGCAGACUUGUUGCAGAAGAAUACUCCUCUUGUUGGUCCGCGAAGAAAAAGGAGCCUAUCUGUCAGCGAACGAGUGGUCGAAUCUGCGCAAUCGCUCUACGCAUUUGCGGCGUGGUCGCUGUGGACGUUAUUCAUGGCAUAUGCCUUUCCUACGCUUUUGUCCAUCUUUAAGAUCGCGAUCAUCGGACACCGGAUCAUAGCCGAAGGUCUUUUGCGACUUCUCGAGUUACCCUUGCCCUUUCAGAAACUACAAUUGCCAGAAAGCCGCCAGGCUGUCAAAGGCACCGUUGCGCUCAAGGAUAUUUCGGCAUGUUGUCAGCAAGUUCAUCUAAGACUUCAGCAGUUCUCCUACUAUCCGACACAAUAUUCCCUUCUCCGACGCCGCAAAGCCACUUGGUCAUCCUUUCCAACAACAAAUAGCGAUUACAUCCGCUUUUACAACUCCCUUUGGCUGGUAGCAAACGAUGUCAUCAUUGGCAUUGCACUUGGGAGCUUCAUCAGCGACAAUGCGCAAGCUACAUCUCAGCUGAUCGGCGGAGUACUGAAUGAGUACACGAUUGAAGGUCUCAAACGCAUGAUCAGGUGGCUCAUGUCAUACCCAGGAGGCCUCAAGUUGAAUACAGAGCUUGCUGCAUUUCUCGGCGACCUCUUCUUGUGGGUCAUCGAAUACUGGUCCUCGACGAUAGUCGUGCUCAUUGUUCCACGGCUGCCGACCGUCGUCUAUGUUGUCGGAUGCUCGUCUUUUGCUGGGGCCACGAUGCCUAUUGCCAUUUUCUCCGACCUCCUUAGCCUGCUCACGAUGCACAUUUACUCUUUCUACGUCGCAAGUGCACGUAUCUUCAACUGGCAGCUGACAAUCAUUAUCAGCCUCUUUCACUUAUUUCGUGGCAAGAAACGGAAUGUUCUCCGCAAUCGGAUCGACAAUUGUGACUACGACCUUGAUCAGCUCUUAUUGGGUACAAUUCUCUUCACCUUGCUAUUCUUCCUCCUGCCCACUGUCGUGGUCUUCUACCUGACCUUUGCUUCGGCUCGCAUGGCGAUCAUUUCGUUGAAAGCCACUCUGGACACUUGUCUAGCAUGUCUCAACCAUUUCCCCUUGUUUGCAUUGAUGCUGAGGAUCAAAGACAGCAAGAGGCUGCCGGGUGGCAUUCACUUUCAGCUGUUGGAUGCAGAGCAGACAAGAAUUUCUUACCGAGAAGAAACAGAGCGAGAAGACGAUCGUGAUGGCAGCGCCGGCGACAUUGAGGAACAGGGGGAAGGGGAAGAAGACAAUGGUGCUACUAGCGUGGCUUACAUUCGCCUGUCGUCCACCCCGUUAUCGCUGCGACAGAUAUUUGAGCAAUAUUUCCAGCUCUGGGCGCGCAUCCGUCGGCACUAUCUGUCCCCAACGGUCGUAUUUCGACUGCUCACAGGCCGAUUUGUACCACCUCUAGGUCGGAGCCAAAUGUACGGACUGCAGUAUUCGGUGCUUCCCCGACAACGUGCGACAAUAGCGGAGGUGUGGAAGAGCCUGAGCGAAAAUGAAUUCCCGAGCACGGGCGAUGUGGCUCCUGCGAACCCGCGCGGUCAGAAGGUCUACCUUGGAGCAUACGGAAAAGCUAUAGGGAAGCAAUGGAAAUAG